UAGAUCGUUUGCUUGCUCUUACUGAUAUCGCUUGCAGUGAAAUCGCAUGAUUUGCGCGCAUUCGUAGAAAAUCCCGGAGUUUUCUUUGUGCGAUAUUCUGUUGUGAUUUCUGGCAUUUUCAAGGUGCUAGCGCUUCGGCAUACACGGCGGGUAAUCGCCGUACUAACCGACGUAUACAUUUGCCCUCUGUUUGUGGUUAGAAUGUUGAAAAUCUUAUUUCAGAAACUAAUGUCGAUUAUGCUGAACUACAUUUCUGUACUUGUAAUAACGAAUAUAACGAUGAAAAGAAUUUAGCAAAGAGAGAAACUGAGAGUUGUACUGCGACUGGCUGCCAACAACUUUAAUAGCUGAUAUCUUAUAGCCUGCGUGUAGAAGUGUAGACCUUGUCUCUCUAUAUAGUGUCUAUCCUGAAUCUAUAGAUGUCUCAGCUUGAUCUAGAGGUCACGGGUAUCUCGCGCAGUGGCCGGGUGAGGAAGAAAUCCUCCAAGCUCGUUGACUUUGAAUCACCCGAUGACCUUGCUGAAAAUAAACAUAAACGGCAAAUAAAGGCACAGCAGCAUGCUCAUCAGCAACUGUUGGAACAAUAUGAAGUACAACCACAUCAGCAACAACAAAUAUCACCCAUACAAUCGGUUCAACCGAAUAGCGGUGGACGACAAAGAAAGAAUUCUGAUUCUAAUCAGUUACAGCAAAGAAUCAAGACAGAGCCACCCAUGUCUGACAAUGAUGGACAGUCGUCAGCUUCAGAUUCCGAUGAUCCCUCUGGGAUAAAUGAAGAUGAGAGAUAUAGUAUGGAUUCGGGAAGCGACAAUGAAGCUGAUCCCCUUAUGAUAGAUGACAGAGAAACAGGGUUUAGGAAACUAGAGCCACCUGCAGGUCAGGAAACACCAUCACAAGCAAAUAGUUUAUAUAUGCUUGAAAAGUGUAAGAAAAAGUUAAUUAUUAAAGAUGGAAAAAUUAUAGGCAAGACAAAGGCUCAACGCAAAGAUAAAGGGAAGACGAGGUUUACCGCUUACAUGCUAUGGGCAAAGAAAAUUAGGCAAGAACUAUUAGAGCAAUCUCCUUACAUGGAUUUCGCGGCAAUUUCUAAACGAUUAGGAGAGCUAUGGGCUACAGUACCACAUCUGGAAAAGUAUAAUUGGCGCAGGCGUGCAAAACGCUUAGCAGCAAAGCCUCAUUCUUUACCAACCAGUAAAGAUGAACCUAUCUGGAAAAUGCCACCACCCGCCUCGCGAAAAAAAUUCAUUAAUAAAAUUGGUAAUGGUAAAGAGACGAAGCCUGCUUCUACAAAAAAGACUAUUCAACUCGGCGUGCCGUCCGUCGUGGGCAAUAUUCCGGUUUCACCACCAGCGAAUCGCACCGGCAAAGAUAUGGUGAAUGAGCCAGUAAUCGGUACUGGAAUGUACAAAGUUAUCGGGACACAACCCAUUGAUGUCGCAGCUCAUCUAAAACUGCUUGGUGAGAGCCUGACAAUUAUCGGGGAACGCUUGAAGGAACACGACGGUCAGAUUGCGGUUUCCGGCAGCCUCUCGGUGUUAUUGGACUCGUUGCUCUGUGCCUUAGGUCCGUUGGUUUGUUUAACGCAACAAGUGUCGGAAACUAACGGAGCUAAACCCGAAACGCUCUCUCAAAUGCUCGACAACAUUGCUUACUUAAUGCCCGGUCUAUAAUAUAUGUACAAAGUAUAUAAAGUAUACGACACAGAUGAAGUAAAUACAUAAAACACAUAAAAUUACUUAGAGCAGUGUAAAUAGAAAUAUACUGAAAAUAGACAAAGAAUAGGAAAGUGAUAGAGAUCUUUUACUCGUAAGAGAGCGUGAAAAUAAAAUUGGAAACGUGAAUCGCUAACUUACGCUGAGAAUUCAAAUUGUUGGAAAAAAAGAUCCUUAUUGUAUUUUAACUGUUCGCCUCAAAAAGGAAUAUAAU